CUGUUUUGUUUCUCAUCUCCUUCCCUCUACCAAUUCAAGUUCUUGGGUGUUUCUUAGCUGGAGUCUCUCAGGAGUUUACAUCAAUUUCAGAACUGAGCUAUUGAACUGUCUAUGGGUUUGACGAUUUCCUUAUUUUCAUUCGCAUGGGUUGAAAUUGCAAGGAACAAGAUUGCCAGUUUGAGAAAAGAUAUCGAAGAUGUAGUAGUGAGAUCUAUCAGUUUCAACCAUGAGGAUACCAAGAUGACACUGAAGUCGUCGAUUAGUUUCAAACAAAACCAUUGCGAUGAAAGCUUAAAAAAUUCUGCAAUGUGCUCAUCACCAAGGCCCAUAAGCGAACUUGAUGCAGCUGCAGUUAAGCUGCAGAAAGUUUAUAAGAGUUAUCGAACCAGAAGAAACCUGGCAGAUUGUGCAGUUGUGAUUGAAGAACUUUGGUGGAAGGCACUAGAUUUUGCGUCGCUAAAGAGGAGUUCAGUGUCUUUUUUUGAUGAUGGAAAGCCUGAAACUGCUGUUUCUCGUUGGGCAAGAGCUCGAACAAGGGCAGCCAAGGUUGGUAAGGGUUUGUCAAAGAGUGUCAAUGCUCAAAAGCUAGCUCUUCAACAUUGGCUAGAAGCGAUUGAUCCACGACAUCGAUAUGGGCAUAAUUUACACUUCUACUAUGAUGUCUGGUUCAGGAGUGAGAGCACACAACCGUUCUUCUACUGGUUAGACAUUGGAGAUGGCAAAGAAGUGAACCUUGAAAAGUGUCCAAGAAACACUCUUCAAAAUCAGUGCAUCAAAUAUCUUGGACCAAACGAAAGAGAGGCAUAUGAAGUCGUCGUGAAGGAAGGGAAGCUUGUCUAUAAGCAAAGUGGGGAGUUUGUCAACACGGCUGAAGGUUCUAAAUGGAUAUUUGUCCUCAGCACAUUGAGAGCAUUAUAUGUUGGCAAGAAGAAGAAGGGAAAAUUUCAGCACUCGAGUUUUCUGUCUGGAGGAGCUAUAUCCUCUGCAGGAAGGCUAGUAGUAAAACACGGAAUUCUCAAGUUUGUUUGGCCAUACAGUGGUCAUUAUCUACCAACCGAAGAAAACUUCAGAGAAUUCAUCAAGUACCUGGAGGAGAAUGGAGUAGACCUCAAAGAUGUCAAGAGAUGUGCAAUUGAUCGCGAAGAAUACCCCUCAUUCAAGCAGAUAGAUUACGAACCAAUAAAGAUCAAAGGGAAAGAAAACAACGUACAAGAGGAUCACAUUUGUGCAGAUGACAGUGACAACGAAAAAGAAAUGCACCCUAAAGAGCCAUCGAGGAAUGGACUCAAACUCAAACUAAACACACAAAAAUCACACAAACGCCUGCAAUGUCAAUGGAGCACGGGUGCAGGUCCACGUAUUGGAUGCGUCAGAGACUACCCUAGCAAUUUACAGUCGAGGGCGCUGGAGCACGUUAACUUGUCGCCAAGGAUUAUCCCUUCGCCUAAUGGAAACAAGGGCCCUAUACCUUCUCCUAGGCCUAGCCCUGGGGUAAGGCUUUCUCCUAGAUUGGCUUAUAUGGGAUUCCCUUCUCCUCCUACAAUCUCUCUCAAUCUUCCAAAAUUAAAGAAGAUGUAGAUCAUUUAGAAGGCCCCUAUACAGGUACAAUAAAAGGAAAGGGAGGUUGAUACAAUCGUCCUAAUGCAAAGAUACUUUUUUUUUUGGUUUUUUUUGGCUUUGUUUUGUUAUACAUCAUAUGUAGAUUUCUUUUUUCUGGGCUGUUUCAUGAUCCCUUCUGCAUUGUGUUUGCUGGGGGUACCAUGGAUUUUUGCUCAACCCUGAGAGAAUGUAAUUUCUGUAAGUAGACAAUUCUUUUUUGUAGA